CAAGAGGCCUUGAAAUCCAUCAUGAAGGACCUGGUAGCACUCCAGAUGAGCCGACGUCACAGACUGACUGGAUAUGAUACCAUGAAGAAUAAAGACACUGCUCACUCCAACAAACAGGUAGUAGGCCAUUUAAAAAAACACAAUGCCAGCAGUCCACCCCUCUUGGGCAGCCCUGCAAUAACAAACCAGUGUGCCUCUGCAGUGGAAGAAAAAAAAAUUCCGAAUGAUGUAAGGAUAAAGUUUGAACAUAACGGGGAAAGACGAAUUAUCCCAUUUGUCCGUCCCGUGCGCUAUGAAGACGUGCAACAGAAAGUGAAAACAGCCUUUGGCCAGCCACUGGACCUCCACUACAUGAACAAUGAGCUGUCUAUUCCUUUGAAAAAUCAAGAUGACCUGGAUAAAGCAGUAGAUCUCUUAGACCGAAGCUCUAAUGUGAAAAGCCUUAGAAUAUUAUUACUGUCUCAGGACAGAAAUCAUACCAGUUCUUCACCCCAUUCUGGACUUCCCAAACAAGUCAGGAUUAAAACUUCCCAAUCUGUGGGGGAUGUGAGCACACCCUAUCAGCAGCCAGAACCCAGAAGUAGGCAUCUGUCUGUCAGUUCCCAGAACACAGGCCGAAGUUCACCACCUCCUGGGUACGUUCCAGAGAGGCAACAGCGCAUUGCUCGGCAGGGUUCCUACACCAGCAUAAAUAGUGAAGGCGAAUUCAUCCCAGAAACCAAUGAACAGUGUAUGCUGGACCCUUUAAGCAGUGCUGAAAACUCGGUGUCAGGGAGCUGUCAGUCCUUGGACAGGUCAGCAGACAGUCCUUCUUUUCGGAAGUCACGGAUGUCAAGGGCACAAAGCUUUCCUGAUAAUAGACAGGAGUUCUCAGACCGUGAGAAUCAAAUCUACGACAAAGCGGGGAAAGGUGGGACCUACCCUCGGCGCUACAAUGUCUCCAUGCAGCACAAAGACUACAACGAUGGCCGGAGGACAUUUCCUCGGAUACGGCGUCAUCAGGGGAAUCUUUUCACUUUGGUCCCUUCAAGUCGUUCCUUAAGCACCAACGGAGAAAACCUGGGCCUGGCAUUGCAGUACCUGGACCCCCGGGGGCGCCUGCGGAGUGCCGACAGCGAAAAUGCCCUUGGUGUGCAGGAGAGGAACAUUCCCACCAAAUCUCCGAGUGCUCCAAUAAACUGGCGACGAGGAAAACUGCUGGGCCAGGGUGCCUUUGGUCGUGUGUAUUUGUGCUAUGAUGUGGACACGGGCAGAGAGCUUGCAGCUAAGCAAGUUCAGUUUGACCCAGAGAGUCCUGAAACAAGCAAGGAGGUGAGUGCCCUGGAGUGUGAAAUUCAGCUGCUGAAGAAUCUCCAGCAUGAACGUAUUGUUCAGUAUUAUGGCUGCUUACGGGAUCGAGCAGAGAAGACCUUAACUAUCUUCAUGGAGUACAUGCCAGGGGGGUCAGUGAAAGACCAGCUGAAGGCGUAUGGUGCUCUCACGGAAAAUGUAACCCGGAAAUACACUCGCCAGAUUCUCGAGGGAGUCUCGUACCUUCACAGCAACAUGAUUGUGCACAGGGACAUAAAGGGAGCCAAUAUUCUCCGUGACUCUGCUGGGAAUGUGAAGCUUGGGGACUUUGGGGCCAGCAAACGGCUGCAGACAAUCUGUAUGUCUGGAACAGGCAUCCGCUCUGUCACUGGCACGCCAUAUUGGAUGAGCCCGGAGGUGAUCAGCGGAGAAGGCUAUGGGAGAAAAGCAGACGUAUGGAGCCUCGGUUGUACUGUUGUGGAAAUGCUGACAGAGAAACCACCCUGGGCAGAGUACGAAGCCAUGGCAGCCAUUUUCAAAAUCGCCACCCAACCAACCAACCCCCAGCUCCCCUCCCACAUAUCAGAACAUUGCCGGGACUUUCUAAAGCAGAUCUUUGUGGAAGCCAGACACAGACCCUCUGCUGAAGAGCUGCUCAGACAUCAGUUUGCACAGCUCCCGUACUGAAUUACCUCCCUUGCUAGCAGCUCCUGCUGGGCUUUCAGUGCCCCGUCUGGUCCAGUUGCAACUGCCCGUUGUGGUGCUGCAUCUUCAAAAUGCCAACUCAGCUGUCCUAGUCCUUUGGGGAAAUUGCCAAGGAACCUAGGGUCUACUAUUGUGCCUGAUACCUUUGUUUGCUGGACUAAAGUUUAUUCUACCGACAGCUGUCCAAACAGAGCUGCAUUUUUGCCCUAGUUACCUUGAUGUGAAAUUGCAGCUGGCUGCAUGCUUUCUGCAGGCCCAAGAAUGGGAAUGUAAGAAGUGUCUCACUGGUUGAACAUAGAAGAAAUCUGAACCAAAGUGGGAACUGGAAGAGCUACACUCUUCAGAACAGAAAUGUGCAACAGCCAUCCAGACCAGCUCUCUACGUGUGGGUCACUUUUCCAGACUGCUAGGGCUUUAGAGGCAUCUAUAUUACAAGAAUCCAGCAAAAAGCCAUGUGUCAUUGAGCAUGCGCUCGCUAUAUAAUUAUAUAUUUUUCUCCUUAAGUAUUCAGCAUCUGAAGGUGUUCAGAAAAUAUUGAUUCAAAAGUAUGUGAAUAGUGUUAUUUUAUAAUGAAACCAUGGAUUUUGGGGUGGGGGUGAGGGAAGUCUUUCUAGCUAAAUGUCAGGAUAAUCAAAAGUUUCAGCAGAAUGCAAUCACUCCAGGGCCGAAGAUUAGGGCUCUCCCACUGAUGUUAGAAAAUCCAGAGCUUGAUUUCCAAGGCUUGAUCUGUCCUAGCACUAAGACAGUGUUGGUUAGUUUAUGUCCUCAUAGCCAGCAAAUCUGUGCUCCUGCUUCAUCUCCCUGGGACUGCUGAGUCUAAAUGAAAACCCAUCUGGAAGGGAGUUCUGCGGAACAGCUUUCUGUUGCACCUGUCUUUUUGGCUGGUAACCUCUUACUAUCCCUUAAACCAAAGAUAGUUCAUCUGCUGCCCAGGAGUUUACUUCAGGAAAAGCUUAUGUGUUUCUCUGAGGACCUGGCCUAAUGGAAAAUUGAGGUUUUCAUGGGGAGAAUUUGCUGGACACUAGUUGUGCACCGUGAGGUAGAAUCAAGCUCAACCCUUCAAUGUGUGUGUUUUGUUUUACAGGUGUGCACGUAUUCAUUUAAGAUUUCCAUAAAAUGUUAUGGCCCUAUUCAAAUAAGCUUUUGUACUAGUUAAGUCAAACAGUGAACCAGAGAGAACAUUUGUAAUGCUAGCACAUUUUUAAAAUUAACUGGAGAUCCCCAUGUAGGUACCAGCAAAAUGUAUCCAAGGGACUUUGCAUUUGAAAGGUACCACAUCUCUGAGAGCUGAGUUCCUGAUGGCUUACCAGCCUCAAAUACUGUAUGCUGAUUUGGGCACUAAUAGUUCUUACUUCACUCGUAAAAGAGCAGCGGUUUUUAAGUGCUGGGGAUUCAUGGAGUAAAACUUAUCUGUGUGAAAUGAAACUGCAAAUGUAUAAUUGGUUAAAAUACCGCUUUUUAGAGCAGUGCUAAGGGUGUUCUGCUCUUGUGUUGGAAACCAUAUUAAGGCUCCACAUACCUCCACUCUUCUCCCCCAUAAAAACUUGAAAAUUGCUUUCAUAAUGCAGUAAAAUUAACUGGUUUUAAGUGACUGCUAAUAGGAUAAGGCAAGUUUUAAUGAAACCAAGCUCCUUGAACACAUGAUAAAUACUGUGUUGAAUUAAAAGAA